GCAACCCAUCGAAUUUAAGUCUUAUGAUGAGUAGUAGUAGUCAGUCUCAUUUUAUAUGUGGAAAUUUAUUUAUUUUAAUUUAACUGAUUUAUUCACUUGACAUUGGCAGAAUUGUGUGAACGCGCAGAUAAGUCAUUAAUAAAAGAAGAAUUUUAGUGCAAUGUCAUACAAAGUUCCAGUUCAUGGGACCGCAGUGAUAGUUACAGCAGUAGGUGGCGUUCUUGGCAUAGUUUACUGCUUAUACCGCUUUUAUCAAGAAACGAGGAAAAAGAAGCUGCCACAAAAAUGGAGAUCAGUAGGGUUUUUGAAGAGCUUGAAUAUAUACCCUAUCAAGUCGUGUGGAGUAAUUUCUACGGAUAAAGCCGAAUGCACUUUAUUAGGACUAAAACGCGAGUGGCUUCGGGAUAGAAUCUUGUGUGUGGUCGAUGAUUCAUAUAACUUCAUCACAGCUAGGGUAUAUCAAGACCUUUUAUUAGUUUCGCCCAAUGUGGAUGGUUCCGUAAUCACUCUGGAGCACCCUGCUAUGGAUGUUCCCGUCAAGGUGGAUUUGGCAGAAGUCAUAGCAACGGAGUUCCCUAAAACAGCUACUAUCUGGGGUAACGAGGUCUCUGUGUAUGACUGUGGCAACGAAGCUAGUCAAUGGUUUACAAAAUUGUUAAAACGCCCCUCUAAGAAUUAUUACUUGGUGCUGUAUGCGUCUCAGAAGUGCCGCUUCAGUAAAGAUCCACGAUACAAAUAUUUUAAUUUCACCAAAGAUGACACGGGUGCGUUUCCUGAUGACACUUCAUACCAUCUCAUCAACGAAGCCUCAGUGGAAGACCUAAAUCCCCGGCUGGAGGGCAGUGCAGUCACCGCACGGCAGUUUAGACCUAACUUUAUCAUAUCUGGGUGUCAGCCCUACGACGAGGAUAACUGGAACUUUAUCAAGAUUGGAGAAAACGUGUUUGAAGUUGUUAUGCCGUGUCUGAGAUGUGUUUUGACCACCCUUGAUCCUGAAACUGGUUCUAGAAAUUCUAAUAAUGAACCCUUACAAACGCUGAGAGGCUAUCGCCAGCAUGACAAUGAAUUGAUCAGAAAGGCGUUCGGCAACUCUCCACGUAUGGGUUUACAGUUGGCGCUCCGUUCCGAAUCCGGCGGUGUCAUAUCAGUCAACGAUCCAGUUUCAGUCGCCUAAAGUAACGUAAGGCUGCACUUCAGGUUACAACAAUAUGUUUAAUUUGCACAAUGGAUUUUGACUUCUACACUCCAUGUAUUUAAGUUUAAAAUAAAGUUUUGUAUAACAUG